AUGUAUAGACCUAUCAACUGCACAGCAAUCACUUUGAUCCCUAAAAUGAGAAAUCCUACCAGUAUUAAGGAAUACAGACCAAUCUCUUGCCGUACUACUUUAUAUAAAGUGAUCUCUAAGGUCUUAACUAAGAGAUUACAAAAGGUGAUGGAUGUACUGAUUGAUAAAAUACAGUCUGCCUUUGUUCCUGACAGAGUGAUAACAGACAAUAUUAUUCUUAGCCAUGAACUUGUCAAACAAUAUGGAAGGAAAGGGGUGUCACCAAGGUGUAUGAUGAAACUGGAUAUGCAGAAGACAUAUGAUUCUAUUGAACGGGCUUUUAUGGACAGGGGUGACAUAGGAUCAAUCAAGUUACUUUAUAACCGCUUAAUGAAAUUCUCAAAAGCUUUAGGAUUGGUGAUUAACAAGAAUAAAAGCUCAAUCUUUUUUGGAGGGGUAUCACAAGAUGAUCAGGAAGCUAUUUUGGAGUUUCUGGGAAUCCAAAAAGGUGAACUGCCAGUUAGAUACCUGGGAGCUCUCUUAAGUUCUAAGAGAAUAUCAGUAGUUCAAUGCCAGCCCUUAAUUGAUAAAAUAGUUGGCAGAAUAACCUCAUGGACAGCUAAAUUCCUAUCUUAUGCUGGAAAGAUUCAAUUGAUCAAAAGUGUACUGUUCUCUAUUCAAGCUUACUGGGCACAAAUCUUUGUGCUCCCAAAGAAGACCACAAAACUAAUUGAGGCAAUAUGUAGAAGUUUUUUGUGGACAGGGGAGGGCAAUAUCUCUAAGAAAGCUUUACUAGCAUGGGAAAAAGUAUGUCUGCCCAAAUCAGCAGGAGGUUUCAAUAUUAUAAGCAUCACACUGUGGAACAAAGCAGCUAUAUGUAAACAAUACUGGAACCUAUGCAAAGAGAAGAACAAACUUUGGAUUCAAUGGAUGCACAAUUACUACAUCAAAGGUAGGAACAUAUGGGAAGUCCAACUGAAGCAAACAUCAUGGAUGAUGAGCAAGAUUAUGAAAGCAAAGAAGACAUUUGAGGAAGCAGGCUUUAAUCAUGAAGACAUCAGAAAGAUGAGCCAUUGUUCAAUCAAGCAUAUAUAUCACAAGCUGCGAGGAAGCUUCAGUAAAGUGAGUUGGAGAAGAGUUGUAUGCAACAAUGCAUGCCCUAGGUGGACAUUUCUAGUAACAAUGACAGCACAUGGCAAGUUAUAUACCAAAGAUAGGCUGAGUAAAUGGGGAAUACAAAUUGAUCAGGAGUGUGUCCCGUGCAGUCAAGCAAGUGAAACUAUUCAGCAUCUAUUCUUUGAAUGCCCAUAUGCAGCUGAAUUAUGGGGUAAUCUGCUAGCUUGGCAAGGGAUAAGAAGACCAGUAUAUAGAUGGGCUGAGGAACUAACACGGGCUGAAAAAUGGCUGAAGAGGAAAACUGCAACAACUGAACUAUAUAAGAUGACACUAGCAGCAUGUGCAUACUAUGUGUGGCAAGAAAGGAAUAACAGAAUCUUCCAAGCUAAAGUGAGACGAUGGGAGAUACUUGGAAAACCCGCAGCCGCUACAGCCUCUGUCACAGCCUCUGCCCUUCGGGUUGAGGGCUUCAUCAGUAGACGUGGAUCUGAACUUGCCUUGAAGUACUUAUGUGAAAAAUUGGGUGGAUCUUUGUUUGAAAAGCUUCCUAAGCUGUGGGACUGCUUAGUUGAAGUUCUUAAGCCUUGUAGUCUUGAAGACAUGACUGAAGAAGAUGAAAAAGUUAUUACUUGA